AUGGCUGGGAGGGCCCGGAGGGCGGCACCAUCAGGGGAGAAGAAGGAAGGCUGGUCAUGGGAGUCCUACCUCGAGGAGCAGAAGGCUGUCACUGCCCCUGCCAGCCUCUUCCAGGACUACCAGGCAGUCACUCAUAAUAAGAAUGGCUUCAGACCGGGCAUGAAGUUGGAAGGCAUCGACCCUCAACACCCGUCCAUGUACUUCAUCCUCACCGUGGCCGAGGUGUGUGGCUACCGCCUACGUCUGCACUUUGAUGGGUAUUCUGAGUGCCAUGACUUCUGGAUCAAUGCCAACUCCCCUGACAUUCACCCCGCUGGCUGGUUUGAGAAGACUGGGCACAAGCUGCAGCCCCCCAAAGGUUACAAGGAGGAGGAGUUCAGCUGGAGUCAGUACCUGCGCAGCAGCCGAGCUCAGGCCGCCCCCAAGCACCUGUUUGCGAGCCAGAGCCAUAGCCCCCCACCCCUGGGCUUCCAGGUGGGCAUGAAGCUGGAGGCGGUGGACCGCAUGAACCCGUCCCUCAUCUGUGUGGCCAGCGUGACCGACGUGGUGGACAGCCGCUUCCUAGUGCACUUUGACAACUGGGAUGAUACUUACGACUACUGGUGUGACCCCAGCAGUCCCUACAUCCACCCGGUGGGCUGGUGCCAGAAGCAAGGAAAGCCCCUCACCCCUCCACAAGACUAUCCAGACCCUGAUGGCUUCUGUUGGGAGAAAUAUCUGGAAGAAACUGGGGCCUCUGCUGUGCCCACCUGGGCCUUCAAGGUGCGGCCCCCACACAGCUUCCUGGUCAACAUGAAACUGGAAGCCGUGGACCGCAGGAACCCAGCCCUGGUGCGCGUAGCCAGCGUGGAGGAUGUGGAGGACCAUCGGAUAAAGCUCCACUUUGAUGGCUGGAGUCACGCCUAUGACUUCUGGAUUGACGCCGACCACCCGGACAUCCACCCCGCGGGCUGGUGCUCCAAGACAGGGCAUCCCCUGCAGCCUCCUCUCCGACCCAGAGAGCCCAGCUCUGCCUCCCCUGGGGGCUGUCCCCCUCUCAGCUGUCGGAGCCUGCCACACACUAGGACCUCCAAGUACAGCUUCCACCACCGGAAGUGCCCCACUCCUGGUUGUGAUGGUUCCGGCCACGUCACAGGCAAGUUUACAGCUCACCACUGCCUCUCGGGCUGCCCACUGGCUGAGAGGAACCAGAGUCGGCUGAAGGCGGAGUUCUCCGACACAGAGGCCUCGGCCCGUAAGAGGAACCUCGCGGGCUUCUCCCUAAGGAAGAAGCCUCGCCAUCACGGCCGGAUUGGCCGUCCUCCAAAGUAUCGGAAGGUCCCGCAAGAAGAUUUCUCGACGCUAGCCGCCGACGCCAUGCACCAGUCCCUCUUCCUGUCGGCCCUGUCGGCCCACCCGGACCGCUCGCUGUCCGUGUGCUGGGAGCAGCACUGCAAGCUCCUGCCGGGAGUGGCGGGCAUCUCGGCCUCAACGGUUGCCAAGUGGACCAUUGACGAGGUCUUCAGCUUCGUUCACACCCUGACCGGCUGUGAGGACCAGGCACGACUCUUCAAAGAUGAGAUGAUUGACGGCGAGGCCUUCCUUUUGCUGACACAGGCGGACAUUGUGAAGAUCAUGAGCGUCAAGCUGGGUCCAGCCUUGAAGAUCUAUAACGCCAUUCUCAUGUUCAAAAACGCCGAUGACACCUUAAAGUGAGUGGCUCAGGGCUGGGCUUACCUCCAGCCCAAGCUGGGCCUCCCUGUGCAGCUGAUGCUUCCUUCCCAACUUGAGUUCCUCAUAUCCCACCCAUACCCCCACCACCCUCUACGUCUUACCAGGGGUGGCCCUCCUUCCCUCCGGGGCUGCUUCCUGCAAGGUACUUGGGAGUCCUAGCCCCUGAGUCCUGGGGCUCAUCUGCCACCAGACACACCAGUGAGGGUGUGACUGGGCUGGGGGAACAUUACCGGGGAAGUGGAUUGGAGGGGCCCUGCCUCUAGCCACCCCACCUCUCCAGCUGACUUGUGUGAUCACCAAAGGGUCUUUUUCUUAGUGGUUAAGGACAGUCUGGUUGAACAGGAGUCCUCUGGUUAGAGGUUCAUUUCUCUUGGGCCUCUCUCCAUGCUUUUCUUUCCUUGGUUCCGACCAAGAAGUGACCCAGCCACAAACAUAUGUACUCAUUCCGCUGUCUGGUUUCCUGGGCUGGGCCCCCAGCCAUGGCCCUCCCAGACCCCACUGGCUCUUCCCCCUUAGAUGGGUAAGCUUCGGAAAUAGGUUGUCAAAGGAUCCGCUGGGAGUCUCUGGCUGCUUUUCUCCCUUUCGCCCGGAAGCGGGGGAUUCCAAGCCAAGAUGCCUUCCUGAGCAUGCCCUGUGCUGGAUCAGCUGGCAUCUUGGUGGCCCACGCCAAGCCCCGUUUCCAGCAGAGUGGGUGGUUAGAGCCUGUUUUACCUGUGCAGGAAAGGUUAAGGCUCCACAUAUGUUCCCCAUAUGCCCUUCCUGUAUCAGGUGUGGGGAAGAGGCAGCCCAAGGGUGUGUCAGACAAUCUCGGGUCUUUGGCCAGAGGGGCAGCCUCAGCAGGCGUGAUGGUCCCCGAAGCUGGGCACGGCAUCCUUCCCUGCAGCCAUGGACCUCAGCCAAGGUAUUGCCCCCCGGGCUGAGGACCCCAUGCCUGCCAGGCCUCCUGCCGUGGUCUAGCACACAUACCUCACAACAUCACAUUCGACCUGUCCGUAAAUGUCUUGCUCUUGUGGAGUCUUACAAAGUCCCCUUGAAGUUGGAAGUUGGGAAGGUGAAUUCUUCUGUCUUUGAAUCCUCUGUGUCCGUGAGCUGUGAGCCUUUCUUACCACUCUCCCUUUGCAACGGCCAGCCAGGUGGCCUGCCGGGGCUUUGGGACUUCAACCUUUCUGUCCAAGUGGGGGCCUAGCCUCCACACAGAGCCACUGCCAAACCAGCCAGGGUGGGGCAGAGGCAGAGGGCCCGGCAGCAGCUGGCCCCCCACGGAGGUGAGGGGCAACCGCCAAGCUCCCUCCCGUGGCCCCGGGUGCUGCCAGGGGCCUGCAGGGUACAGAGCCAGGCCCGUUCCCUCAGUCACGUGAUGUGUAUGCCCAUAGGGCACCCUCAGAAGUGUCGAACAGGUGCAUCUGUGAGGCUCAGCGUUGGGAAAACGUCAAGGGCUAUUACUGUUAAAAUAUGAAGCAUUAGCUUUCCCACAGAAGCUCUGUUGACUUCCUGCCGCAGCCCAGUACGGGACCCUCUCCCACAUGGGCCCCCGCGGCUCUGCAGGGCAGCCAGUCAGCCGCCCCGCUGAACUCCCACAGGACUUCGGAUGCCCCUGCCCUUUCGGCCCUUAGAGGCAGCUCUGAGCACACCCUUCCUGGGGAGAAAGUGGGCAGGCCCUGCCUCUGGCUGAGGCUCAGCUUUACAGAGGUUCUUUGGUGUCCCCUUGGCCAAGAGUCAGGAGGAGCCCGUCAGCGUCUGUCCCUUGGUUCGCUUGGGUGGUGGCAAAGCUCCCCAGCUCCUUGGCCGGGUCUGCUCCUCUUUGAAACUGAGGAGAAACGGGCAUUGUGGUGUGAGGAGAAGGCAGCGAGGCCGCGCAGCUGAGCCGCGGGACCUCCGCACUCCCGAGGAGCAGGGCUGGGGCAGCGGACCUGCCGGCCACCCUCUAAGGCCUACCUGCGGGAAAGGCAGGCUGGACCCACGAAGGGCCUCGCGAGAAGGAGGCCUCAGCACUUUCCGCACCAACGUCAAACUCUUGGGAAAGAAACCAGAAAAAAGGGGGAAAGCAGUGUGCCCUCCUGCCCCUUCUCCCCAAUCCUGUCCCCAGAGGAGAUCUUCACACGCUGACCGCUGACCGGGGUGCAGGUGAAGGGAGGGAGUCGGGGCCAGGGCCCUGCUCUCAGCCGCAGCUGCGCCCAGCCCCCGCCCGGCCCUGGCUUAGGUCAGUGAGGACCUUUCUGUUUAAUUUCUGAAGCAGAGAGAAUGAUUCCAGAGUUUGAAAAUGAAGCCUGUUUGCACUUUCAUUCACAUGCACUUUGGUGGAAUUGUUUUUGUACUUUUCUUGUGUGUGCGCGCGCGUGCUCUAAGAGAAUCCUCUGGUUUAAGAUAAAGUGACUCUUGACUCUUGAGGGAGAAAAAUUUACAAACUGUGGUGUUUUGUCAGUGUAUUGAAACAACAUAAAUAAACUUUGAACAUCUGGA